CCCGCCCGAGCUCCUCGGCCACCGCGCCCGCCGCCACCUCCAACUCGAGAGAAGAAAUGUCCCACACAGGACCCCUCUCCAGGAACCUCUUUCUGAGCACCUUUCUGCAGGAGCAUGGCCCGGAAGCGCUGGACGUCCCCGGCAUGACUGAUCUCAUGGAGCACUAUGGUCCAGGGCCCUCCCCUAACAGCAGCAGCCCCGACGAUGUGGCCACGCGGCUGGCCGUCAUCGGGGACGACAUGGAAGUGAGAUGGACGCUGCCCCGCGUUGGCGAGCUGCCCGGGAUGGCCGUGCGCAGCUGGGCUUUGACCUACAACCAGAUGCGCCUGAGAGGUGUUCUCCGAAGUUUCGUGGACGGUCUCACUAACCUCAGGGAGCACAUACGGAUCUGGAGCUUCCUGACCUUCAGGAACAGGGAAUCUGGGGACCCUCUUCCCAAGUGUCCUAGGGUUUGCAACAUUCUUCCCGCCCGUGGAUGUCAGAGGAGCCCCUACUUUGCUAAGCUUGGCCACAGGUGCUGGGGUUGUGAAGAUAUGGUCCCUCAAAUCUCACAUUCUAUUUAAAAAGCACACAAAGAAGCUAAGAACUGGGGGCUGUGUUCUGAGAGCAAUAAAGGACUGAGAAAAUGGGGGGGGGGCGGUGAGACUGGAGGACCAGGCCUGUGGAGAGAAUGAAGGAUAGACAAGUGUCCUCCAGCUAGGGUGGAGCAGCACAUACAAAGGCCCUGGGGUGGGAGACCUGCCUGCGCAUGAGGAAGGUGGAUAAGCCAGCUUGGGCUGGAGCCUGAUCCACUGUCUUGUCUGUUCAUGCCCACCCUGGGGCCGUGAGGAACUUGCCAGUUUCUGCGCCCCCACACGAGGGGCAGCCUCCUGACCUCCAAAGCCGACGUGGAGCUGCCACUUGACUGAUCUGCUCAAGAUGGCCCAGCCUGCAAGGGGGAAACUGAGGCCCAGAGAAGAAAAGGGUCAGACCAGAGUGGCACUGGGAUCUUCCGCCCCAAUCCAGCCUGUGGGAGGUGGUGAGACCAAGGCCCAGAUGGGGAAAGGGUCAUGGUCAGACCCGUCUGGCGGAUUCGCGUCGCAACUCCCACAAGCUGCAAACAGGUGUUCAGCAAGAGCGAGAGCAGAAAUCAUCCAACCCCAAAAAGGAAGGACUGGAGGCUCAUCCCUCCUAGGAAGGGGGCAGGGGUGCCAUGGUCACCCAGCAGCCUCAUGAUCCCUAGACCAUCUGCUCAGGAUGCUCCCAUCUCCUGCGGCCCCUCUGCAGCGGGGCCCAGGGACACUGCCACCGGGCAGGGGGGGACACAGACCCCUACCCUCUGGGGGCCUGGGGUGGAGGCCGCUGGAAACAGUGAAGCCUCUUCCCAGAGGAGGUGACAAGGCUGCAGGGUCAUGAGGGGCCCAUCAUCUUCGAGGUUUUAGAGGCUUUUGAUCACGGCCCUUGGUCCAGUCAAGAUUUCUGGAGGUGAGAGUGGAUUCUCAGAGAGCACGUGCCUAGGGAAAGCCACUCCUUCCAGGCACCCAGGUCUUAGGCUGGCUGAGGGAGGCAAGCUGCUGGGAAGAGAAACGGGCCCAGGGUCUCCACAGGCGUGGGGCACAAACGUGGUAGCAGCUGUGAUUCCUACCUCAGGGUGGGCCAGCACCUUGGGAACAAUGAUGGCACGGGGUAGUCUCCUCAAGGGGGCAGAUGCUGGCCCAGAUUCUGCCAAGGACCCGGAUAUAGGAUCCACCACAGCCCCUCAGGCCCUCACCCCGGACCCUGAGCUCCCCCCAGAACUCCCCUCCCCACCCCGUGCUUCUGCCACUUACCCAGACUCAAAGUCUGCAGGGGUGGGGAGGGCGAGGGCCCA